AUGAUACGUAUCUAUCUAUCUAUCUAUCUCAGUUUGUUCAUAUAUAUCUAUGUAUCUAUCUCAUUUGUUCAUAUCGAUCUAUCUAUCUACUCUAUCCAUUAUCUAUCUCUAUCUAUCUAUCUAUCUAUCUAUCAGUUUGUCUAUCUAUCUCAGUUUGUUAAUAUCUAUCUAUUUAUCUAUCUCAGUUUGUUCAAUAUCUAUCUCUCAUUUGUUCAUAUCUAUCUAUCUUUUUUUAUUAUCUAUCUUUGUUCUUUGAUUAUCGAUCUAUCUAUCUAUCUAUCUAUCUAUCGAUCUAUCUAUCUAUCUAUCGAUCUAUCUAUCUAUCUAUCGAUCUAUCUAUCUGCAUUAGUCUUUGUUAUCCCUAUCGAUCUAUCUAUCUGCAUUAGUCUGUAUCCCAUCUAUCUAUAUUUCAUUGAUUCUUUCUUUCUUUCUAUAUUUAUUUAUAACUAUCUAUCUAUCGUUGUAUAUGUAUGCAUGUAUCUAUCUAUCUGUCUCUCUGUCUAUUCAAGCAGAUCAAUUGUAUGUGACGAAGCUCCCUUUGUUAAUAUUUUGCUUGUCACUGCUGGAAAAGGGGACUCUCUCUCUCUCUCUCUCUCUCUCUCUCUCUCUCUCUCUCUCUCUCUCACUUUUCUGUAUAAAUAG